UAUAAACCAUUUAAAGCAGGAUUUGGAGACUCUGGAAAUCGCUACUGCACAGACUUUGGCUCCACAUGACGUCAUCAGCACACAGUCUGGGAUAUUUUGGCUUCAUUUUUGUGUGGUGGGCCACACUGCCUCCCUCUGCAUCUUCACUUCGGCCCCGCCGCAGCCCGGGCGAGCAUGGACAGUCGGGUACUCGAGCAUCCUCACGCCCAGUUCGGAGGCUCCUUGGGCGGGCUGGUGGGCUUCCCGUACGCGCUCGGCCCCCAUCACCACCACCACCACCAUCACCAGCACGUCUACGCGAGCGGACACCAGCUGCAGUCCGCGGCCGCCGGCCCCUUCUCUAUAGACGGAUUACUUAACGGCUCCUGCUCGGCCUCGGUGGUCAGCUCCAACCCGCUGCUCUCCCCCGACAGCCAGCAGUUCAAACUCUCAGAUUCUGGGGACCCGGAUAAGGAUAGUCCCGGUUGUAAACGGAGACGCACGAGGACGAAUUUCACCGGGUGGCAGCUGGAGGAGCUCGAGAAGGCUUUCAACGAGAGUCACUAUCCGGAUGUGUUCAUGCGGGAGGCGCUCGCGCUCAGGCUUGACCUCGUGGAGUCCAGGGUUCAGGUUUGGUUCCAAAACCGACGAGCUAAAUGGAGAAAAAAGGAGAACACAAAGAAAGGGCCGGGGCGGCCUGCUCACAACUCCCACCCAACCACGUGCAGCGGCGAGCCCAUGGACCCCGAGGAGAUCGCACGCAGGGACCGAGAGCGGGCCGAGAAGAAGAAACGGAAGCAGGAGAGGAAGCUGCUGAAGUCACAGAACAAACUUCUCGCAGGUGACAGCUUCCACACGCCUGGAGGUUCAGAGAGUGACAGCGGGGUCUCCCAGUUCACCGACAGCGAGCAGCAGUCUUCGAGCGUUUCUGGGACUAUUCACAUUGAACUGCCAGCAUCAAAGGGUGCAGGAGGACACCAAACUGAAUCCAGCUGUGACCAAACACGACAUGACUUCAGCCAACUACAAAACCACCAAAACCAAAGAACCACAGGAGAAGCGGAGCAGGUUUCCCCAGGCAGCACGCACAGCUCCAGUCCAGGAGGCCCGAGGUCCUCGACCCUCCAGAAACGCAACCCUUUCAGCGUGGAGAGCCUCCUCUCUGACGCCACGCCUCGACGGAAAUCUCAGCUGGACUUCCCCUCGUUGCCCAGUCAGAGGACACUGGUGGGUAAAGGUCACUUCUUGCUUUACCCCAUUACCCAUCAGCCCUUGGGCUUUCUAGUGCCCCAAACAGCCCUGAAGGCCUCACCCUGUCAGGACAACAGCAUUAACAGGCUCAGCCUGGGACAGAGGUGUGUGCCAAGUGAAGGGAGCCCUGCCCCCUCUGAACUUUCCAGCUUUGUCACUAAGCCUCUAAACUCGGAUCAUAUGGAGCAUAACACGCAGCAUCACCACAAUCACAUUAGCAAUAGAGUGGAUGGAACAGACAUGGAGGAGUGUGGUGGUGGUGACUGCAGCAAUGGAAGAUUCCCCGUUUCUCCUCCAGCAAACAGUGUGGCUCAGACGGCUGCGGCCAGGCUGAGCUCAACACAGUCCAGUGACAGUGGCGAGGAGAGGAGUUUGAAAGUUCUAACGGAGGCAGUGACCAACGGCUGCCAAGCUGCCGAGCCGUGUGCUAAAGAGAAGGGUGCAAGAGAGGAGCGAGCGUCUCCAGACCUCUCCGAGUGUCUCAAGGCAAACACAGACUGUCAAGAAACACCCGGAACAGAUGGAGAGGAUGUAGAUAUGGACUAACACUUGCAAGGAGCAAACAUAAACAAAGGACCAGGAACACUGCUCAGACUAUUCAAACAUUCCCAAAGCUCUGCUGAGACACUCGAAAAACAUAUCAGGAAUCAGGAGACUUAAUUCUCAUCUAUUUUUUAAUCAUAACGUGUGAUCAAUCCAGAUGGCCCCCAAAAGCUGUGGCUGUCCUCACAUUCAGGCUUUAGGCCUACACACCUUUAGAAGCAGGUUCUUUCUCUCUUUUUUGGUGACCAACUUGUAACAAAAACUAGGCUACAAUAAACAUCUUACACACAACAAAAAUCCUCAGAUAUUGUAAAAACGAGAAAAUGAUAUUUAUAUGUAAACAUUUUGAUAAAUAAAGUUAUUGUUUAAAUUGAA